AUGCGUGGACCGACCGUCCAAGAAGAACUAUUUUCCAUUCUGGCACGAUUUCGAAAGCACCAAUAUGUCAUCACCUCUGAUGUAGAGAAAAUGUUCAGGCAGAUAUCCGUGGAUCCCGAAGAUCAGGAUCUUCAGUGUAUUUUGUGGCGUGAAAAACCAAGUGACAGUCUGCGAACAUUCAAACUAACCACUGUAACUUAUGGGACCACCUCAGCGUCAUUCAUGGCGACGCAAUGUCUCGUGUCCCUCGCUGAGAUAGAGAAAAACAGAUACCCCGAAGCUGCAUCUGCCAUCCGUCGUGACUUCUACAUGGAUGAUCUCAUGACGGGAGCAGAAACGAUAGCAGGAUGUAUUCAACUACAAACACAGAUUAACAACAUUCUAAGCUCAGCCAGAUUGCCACUCAGAAAGUGGUGUUCCAACUCAGAUGAGAUCCUCGCUGAUGUGGUCAAGGAGCAAAGGCAGCCUUUGUUUGUGAUCCGUGCGGAGGCAGAAGAUGUCGUCAAGUCGCUUGGAUUAUGCUGGAAGCCAGUCCAAGAUGAGUUCAUAUUCCAACUAGCGUCCAUACCCAAAAGAGCUAAAGUUACAAAGAGGAUGUUGCUGUCUGAUCUUAAUAAAAUAUUUGAUCCACUUGGCUUUUUGACUCCUGUGCUUAUCACGGGAAAAAUAUUUCUGCAGCGGCUUUGGCAGAUUAAGGUUGAAUGGGAUAGUCCUUUACCCAUAGAGAUACAGACAAAAUGGGAAUUAUUCCAUCAGCAACUCGAAGAACUAGGGUCAUUGUCGAUUGCUAGAAAAUGCAAGCCCUGUGUAAGUGAGCAAAUUGAACUACAUGGAUUUUGUGAUGCCUCACAAGAAGCAUAUGGAGCGUGCAUAUACGUGAGAACGAAGGGCAUAGACGAGGAUGGACAAGUUUAUAGCAGAUUGCUGUGUUCAAAGUCACGAGUAGCACCACUUAAAGGGUCGACGAUUCCAAGACUUGAGUUAUGUGGAGCCCUAGUUCUAGCUCAGCUUGCUAUUAAGGUGGCGUCGGCGUGA